UUAUUUAAUUAUGUAUUCCGCUAUGUACAAGUUCUAAAAUUGAUCUCAACUCUAAUUGAGUAGAAGUCCCUGACUUCAAUUUGAGUAUUAUUGGGUGAUAUAUUUGUCUUGACUCAACACACUUCCGUAUUCUACUUUUGUUGUUCUGAUUCUUGUUGAAGUUCUUUCAAUAUCUUCUUUCUAUUGUCAACUUCUUGAUCAACUCUGGAUGUAACAUAUUCACCAAUACCAGCGAAAAUCAAAAAUGAAAAUCCAACAUAGUACCUAGCUGUCACUGGCAAUGCAUUCCAUCUGGCCCAAAGACCCAUAUUGCUAAUACACUUAUAAAGUAGUUUAAGAAGAAGGUUGACUCAAUUAUAUACGAUUUUCAAUAAUAUCUCCAGAAAAUCAAUUGCUCGAUAUUUUCCAUCGCCUGUAUAUAAAAUUAUUCACUGUGAUAAUAUCGAGAAGAAGAGAUAUUAUGCUCUAUGUCUUUAUGAAGUAGUUGGUAUGAUAUGUCAGAGACUUUGAUUAGUAAAAGACUAGGUGUUACAAAGACUGAAUUGCCACCAUGUUGUUUGAGAUAUGUGCCUAAUGAUAAUACAAUCUUAAUUUUGGGUACUUACAAGUUGGAAGAUGAUGGCAGUCGUCAUGGAUCUCUUGAUAUAUAUAAAAAUGACGAUGGUCAAUUAUCAUUUAUUUCCAAAGAACCUACCGCUAGUGCCAUUUUAGACAUUAAAUUCAACCCUCAAGAUGAUUCAAUGCUUAUUUCAGCACAUUCAACUGGUGAAAUAAUGGUUUGGAAGUACGACCAAGAAAAUAAGUCAUUAGAAAUAAAAGAAAUAAUGCAAAUAUUUGAACGUGAGUAUUUGGUUACUUCCAUAGUAUUUUCAAUUACUAGUCCAAACAUCCUAUUAGCAACUUCAACUUCUGGUGAACUGUCAAUCGUGGAUUUAUACUCAAAGACCAACGAGACUUUAUUUACUACCCAUGAAUUAGAAUGUUGGACAGGUAAUUUUGGUGAACUAGGAGAAUUAUCAAAUGUUGUAUACACUGGAGGUGAUGAUGCGAAAUUAAUAGCCCAUGAUUUGAGAACAAUGGAUAAGAUUUGGUCUACCACUUCUCGUCAUCAUGAUGCUGGUGUAGUAUCUAUUUUACCAUCAGGAACCUCAUGGAACAAUGCUAAUCCUCAUCAAUUAUGGUCUGGUUCAUAUGAUGAUAACCUUAGGAUAUUUGAUCUUCGUUUGAUGGACAAAUCAAAUCCAUCAUUAAUACCUGGAUACAUACCGAAAAUACUCAAGCAAGAAAAUUUGGGUGGUGGUGUAUGGAGAUUGAUCCCAAGUCCAAUUGAAGGCGAUGAGCGAGUACUAGCGUGUUGCAUGUAUGACGGUGCUAGAGUAAUAAAUCCCCUUGCUGAUAAUGGAUUUGAAGUUUCAAGAUACUUCAAAGGAGACCACUCUAGUAUGUGUUAUGGGGGUGAUUGGGCAGAGAAAACAAAUACCAUAGCGACCUGUUCUUUCUACGAUAAUAUUCUACAAGUAUGGUCACCUAACGAAAUAGAGUGAUUCAAUAGAAUCUUAUUUUAAAACGUAAU